GCUGACCCGGAAGUGGACGACGUGGACGACGAAGUGGUUGUCGUGGUCGUGGACGAUGACAACAACGAUGUGGACAUUGAUUCCAAACGAGCCAUGGAAAGAAUGGAAGAAAUCCCCGCGUUUCGUUCGUCCAGACCAUUGACGCAAAUCAAGUCGAAGAAAAGCGGAAGACAUCAUCACAGUCAUCAUCAUCAUUCGAGCCCGUCGAAAAGACCCAAGAAAAUUUCGGGCUCGGGUUCUGGGCCUUCCAGCGAUUCUUCGUGUUCCAGCUUUGACCAGAACGAUCAAGAGAACAGGGAACCGAAUCUCGGUCAGCCACAUUCAUCAUCUCCAUCCAACGAUAACAAAAGCGACGAGACUAAUGAAGAGAAAGAGAUUAAAGUG